AUGGAUGGAACCAGACCUUUACCACAGUUCCGCUGCGAGGAAUUGGAAAAAUCGAAACUUCAUCACGAGUGGAGAGAUUGGAGAAGCAGUCUUGAAAGAUAUUUUGAAGCGAAUGAUAUCACAGAUCAGCAUAAGAAAAGAGCUAAGCUACUCUAUUUGGGAGGCCCACAGUUGGAUAAAAUUUUUAUGAAUCUCCCGGAAGGAAAUAAAUUUCCGUUAGUAGCCACAGAGAAAAACUACUACGAUGUGGCUAUUGCAGCACUCAAUAAUUAUUUCCAGCCGAUGAGACAAGACAUCCUUGAGCGCCAUCGUCUUCGUCAAAUGAAACAGCUGCAAGGCGAAAAGUUCUCUCAUUAUAUGGUUCGGCUCCGUCAACAAGCAGCGUUGUGCGGGUUAGAGAAAUAUUCGAAGAAGACCCAACGAGUGUUGGUCGAGAUCAUGAUCACGGAUGUUAUCGUUGAAGGUUGUCUCUCAAACGAACUUCGUCGUCGUAUGUUGUUGAAAGAUCGUACUUUAGAUGAAAUCGAAGACAUUGCUGCUAGUUUGGAAGGAGUCGACGCGCAAAUUCAGGAUUUAACCGUUAAAUCCAACCAGACGGUCGAAAAAGUGUAUAUGGUAAAAGGAAAAUCAACACAUAAAUUCAGUCGUGAAAGAGAAUCAUCCGAACAAUCAUUUCCCAAGCGUGUAGCAAGCCGCAUUGGAUCAAAUGUUGUUUGUUUCAGUUGUGGCAGACAGGGACACAUUUCAUCGUCGGAUUCGUGUCCUGCAAAAGGGAAACAGUGUAGGAACUGUGGACGCGUUGGACACUUCGAGUCAAAAUGCAAACUAUCCAAAAUGAGACAGCAAUCGUCAAUUCAAUUUCCACCUCAUAAGAAGAUUCGAGUCGUCGAAGAAGUAAAUUCUGAAGAACCGGAGAGUAACAAGGUGUUUUACGCAUUUUACUCAGGAAAUCAGUCAAAUGUACUCGAAUUUAAGGUAGGAGGUAUUUCUUUGGAGUUGCUGGUAGAUUCCGGAGCGGAUGCCAACAUGAUAACAGUUGAAGCGUGGGAACAAUUGAAGUUAGCAGGAGUCAGAGUAUUGAUGUCUACCAAGAAUACAACUCGCAAGUUUCUCUCGUAUGGUAGUAAUAAACCAUUGACUGUCCGCGGAAUGUUCACAUCAGAAAUCGAGAUUAACGACAGAGUAACGGUUUCCGAAUUUUAUGUCGUAGAGAAUGGACAAAAAUGCUUGCUCGGCGAUAAGACUGCUAAAAAGUUGGAGGUGCUCAAGGUGGGAGUUAACGUGAAUCAGGUGGAGAAAGUGGAGCCAUUCGCUUGUAUUAAGGAUGUCGAAGUCCAUAUACACAUGCAACCAGACAUCAAACCUAUUGUUCAGCCUGUUAGGCGACUGCCGAUUCCACUAGAAGCAGAAGUGAAUCAGAAACUGGAUGAUAUGUUAAGCCGUGAUAUCAUCGAGCAGAAAACUGGCCCUACUACUUGGGUUUCUCCACUGGUGGUUGUCGCGAAAGCCAACGGAGGACUUCGGUUGUGCGUGGACUUUCGGAGAGUGAACCAAGGAGUUCUGCGAGAACAUCAUCCAAUGCCUGUGAUCGAGCAGAUUUUGGCUCGUCUAGGCGGAGGCGCUGUAUGGAGUAAGUUAGAUAUAAAGGAUUCUUUUCUUCAAGUUAGCGUUGAUGCGGAGUCUCGCGACAUCCUUACUUUUAUUACGACCAAAGGAUUGUUUAGAUUCAAACGGCUUCCUUUUGGUCUAAUUACCGCGCCUGAAAUAUUUCAAAAGGUUAUUGAUGAAAUUUUAUGCGGAUGUGAUGGCACUCAUUGGUAUCUCGACGAUAUUUUUGUUGUUGGUCGGAAUAUUGAGGAACACAAUACUAGACUUGAAAAAGUAAUGAAAAGGCUAGAAGGCAGAGGGGUGCAACUCAAUUGGGACAAGUGUUUGUUCAGGGCAGAUGAAGUCGAGUUUCUAGGCAACAAAAUAACCAGAUCUGGCAUAGCACCAUCUGACACAAAGGUUGCCGCGAUUACUAGCUUCCGUCGGCCCACAAGUGAUAGUGAGGUUCGCAGUUUUCUGGGACUGGCGAAUUACCUCAAUAAGUUUAUUCCCAACCUUGCGACGCUAGAUGAGCCAUUGAGGGCACUGAUUAAAAAGGGAGUGAGAUUCUUUUGGGAACGUUCACAUGAGAAAGCCUUCCAAAUAAUCAAGCGAGCCAUGUCAGAUGUCAAAAAGUUAGGGUUUUAUAAUGUAGAUGAUAAAACGGCAGUAAUCGCGGACGCUAGUCCCAUAGGAUUAGGGGCAAUGUUGGUUCAAACUAACAAGUAUGGAGAAGAAAGAGUUAUCAGCUUUGCCUCGAAAUCAUUGACAGAAACUGAGAAGAGGUAUUGCCAGACCGAAAAAGAGGCCUUGGCAUUAGUGUGGGCCGUUGAAAAGUUUCAGUUUUAUCUUUUGGGAAAGAAAUUUAACCUGGUUACGGACUGUAAAGCCCUGUCCUUCCUUUUCUCUCCUAAGUCCCGUCCGUGUUCUAGGAUAGAAAGAUGGGUGCUCCGAUUACAGUGUUUUGAUUAUGAUAUCGUUCAUAUAAGAGGAGAUCAGACCGCUGCUGACGCACUUUCGCGUCUCUCCAUUUCAAUUCCGGAACCAUUCGACUCAGCAGAAGAAAUUAUUGUACAUCACAUAGCGGCUGUGAAUGCCACCACUGUGGCUGUUACCUGGUCAGAAUUGCUUGACGCUACGCGAGACGAUGCAGAUAUUGCGAACAUUUUCAAGUGUUUGGAUAAUGAAACCAUUGAUUUACUACCUGUCGCUUACCGUAUUAUUUCUGUAGAGCUCUGCAACGUAGGAGGCGUCCUGCUGAGAGGAGAUCGCAUAGUAGUUCCUGCUUCUUUGCGUAAUCGGAUUAUCAGCACUGCACACGAUGGACAUCCCGGUGUAAAUCUGAUGAAGUCACACCUACGUACAGCUGUAUGGUGGCCGAAAAUGGACGCUGAUGUAGAGUCAUUCGUGAAAAAUUGCCGAGGUUGUGUUUUAGUGUCAGCUCCUGAUGUUCCUGAACCCAUGCUUCGUAAAGAGUUACCUUCUGGACCCUGGGAGGAUAUUUCAAUUGACUACCUCGGACCGCUCCCGGAUGGUCAAUACUUGCUCGUCGUUGUCGAUUGCUAUAGUCGCUAUCUAGAGAUAUGCGAAAUAACGUGUACUGAUUCCAAAAAUACGAUUGAGAAUUUGAAGAAGAUAUUCAGCCGUUUCGGCCUACCAUCGCUGAUUAAAGCAGAUAAUGGUCCGCAAUUUGCUAGUCAAGAGUUUAGGACUUUUUGUGAGGAGCACGGUAUAAAACUCGUGAAUACAAUACCUUAUUGGCCUCAGAUGAAUGGCCAAGUUGAGCGGCAAAAUCGUUCCAUUUUAAAGCGCUUGCGGAUCGCGCAGGAGCUCGGUAAAGAUUGGAGAGAUGAGCUAUAUAAGUACUUACUAAUAUACCACGCAACGAACCACUCGGUGACAGGCCAACCGCCGUCAAAGCUAAUGUUCGGAAGGUGCAUGAAGAGUAAAUUGCCACGAAUACCAACGCACAUAGAUGACGAAGCGAUAAGAGAUGAAGACAAAAUUAAAAAACAGAUGGGGAAGGAGUAUGCUGAUAAGAAACGUCGAGCAGAAUACAGCGAUAUUAAAGAAGGAGAUCGAGUCUUUGUAAAGAGAAUGCGGAAAGAUCAUAAACUGCAAGCAGAUUAUUCACCCGAAGAAUUCCAAGUGCAGAAAAAGGUUGGAUCUGACGUCGUUGUUCGUUCAGAAUCUGGAGUAGAAUUUCGGCGAAACGUAACGCACCUGAAAAGAGUUCCAAAUAAGUCAGUAGAACCGGAAACAUCUUCUCAUCGAUCGUCACCAAAGGAUUCAACUCAUACGAGCAAUUCAUCAGAGAUCGUUGAAGAAUCUUGUCGCUCAAAACGUCAACGAUCUGAGCCAGUGAAGUUCCAGGACUAUAUGUCCCAUUAA